CAUCCACUCAGUGUUUACAGGAGGACGCACACAGGACGCGCUCUCCUGCGUCCAGUCCCGUCCAAACCUCCCGGAAACACCGACUUAAACGCAACUUGUUGACGUUUUUUCUUUAUCUCCUUCUUACGGAUGGCAUAAGCACCGGGAGCUCUGUGUUGUCUAUCCCCGGGGGUUUAAUUGUUUGUGGAGACAACCCACUACGCGCUGCGCUUUCAUCAAUCGCAAGAUGCUCCACGGGGGUACAACACUUUUUCCCCCUUUUUUUUGUACACUUUUCAGUCCUGCUGCUUGUAUUCAGGGAAAAUUGAUCUUUUUUUUUUUUUGCCGGUACUGUUUUGAAGUUAAGACAAAUGCUUGAGUCUCUUAAGUUUUUGCGGAGCUGCUGAAAAAAAUACCGGUUUUACGCAGCGCACAGAAUCGACUUCACAGUGUUCAGAGGCAGACACACUUUUCCUCUUAGAUGAGAUGUGAAGCAUUCACAGCCUUAUGAGCAUCGUCUUCUACACAACCAAUGUAUAAUGUUUACACCGGACUCGCGUAAAGGAAAGACAGAUCCCGGGAUACCUUCAGUGCUUUUGUGUUCCGCUUUCAACUACGAAAAAAGAAGAAAAAGUCUCAAAUUAAGGAAAAACAUGGAUAAACAUGCUGCAGAGGAUGCUUUACGAUAGUCGGAGUCACCGGACAAAACUUCAGCCUCUUAUCUGUACAUAUAUGGACACAGCAGCUGAAUGUUAAUCUGAUAGACCAGAAAUGAAAACACUGUAAUCACUGAACAGCGGGGGACUGAAAGCGGCCUUGCUGAUUGGUGGAUUUCUGACUGACAAAGCUGCCACCAUCUAGACGGACGCUCAGUAAUUAUCUAUGAGUAGAAUCCUUCUGUCAGAAUUUGAUGUGGAUCACGUAACUUUAAUGUUCAGGCUUGCCAAUAUCGUCAAAGACUUAAAGGCAGAGCCAAGUUUUUCGCACAAACCUCCAUUUAGAAGGGGCUUGGGAAUAGAUAAGAGAGACAACAAGCAAACCUGUGUAUCUGUCGUCAUCAUCUUCCUACAUGCAGUUCCUCGCUUAGGCUUAUUGAAAAGGAGGAGCCCAUUACGGCAUUUGAUAGAUAGGAAAGGCUUGGUCUGAAGGUGUUGUUGCCGACUUGCUGCCGGUUGGAGAUGAGAUAAGAGCAUCGGGAAGAGAGAAGUGUCUGUCUGACAAGGCCAGAAUACAAAUUAAGAUUUGUCUCCCCAGCAGCUACUCCGGCGAGGUGAUCAAUACAAAAAACCAAAAUGGACAAAUUAGUCAGACCCAAUUCCAGGACCAUUAGUUGUGAAGUGAAAUGACGGAAAGAGAAGUUUGCUAAAGGUUGGUAGAAAUUCUCUCCAACAUGGAAAAUAAAGGGAUAUAUUCGUUGAGUGACUGAAACUGAAAGGUGGACCAUAUAUCUUCAUCUAAAACCGACAGUGCCAUGCCACAGCGCAGCCUCCCCCAAGCGCCACGCCUGGACUUAAACAUGUACAGUUUGAAAUGCUGGGCUGAAACAAGUUAGGAAUAGGGUUAAACGGAGCAAGAUGGAACUGGAUAACAGUUCACUGGACUACUUUAUCAGCAACACAUCCGAGAUCCCCGAUACCGUAACCGAUCAACCCUGGAGCGAGGCCACGCUCCUGGGCUUCCAGAUCUCCUUAUCUGCAUUGCUAGCUGUUGUCACCCUUGCUACAGUCCUGUCAAAUGCCUUCGUCAUUGCUACCAUCUUCCUGACGAGAAAACUCCACACGCCUGCCAACUUCCUGAUCGGCUCGCUUGCCGUCACAGACCUCCUGGUGUCGAUUCUAGUCAUGCCCAUUAGCAUCGUCUACACCGUAAGCAAGACCUGGUCGCUGGGGCAGAUUGUUUGUGACAUCUGGCUGUCGUCUGAUAUAACUUUCUGCACGGCGUCCAUCCUGCAUUUGUGUGUGAUUGCAUUAGACCGCUACUGGGCUAUCACAGACGCGCUGGAGUACUCAAAACGUCGCACCAUGCGCCGGGCGGGGAUCAUGGUUGGGGUUGUGUGGGUAAUCUCUAUAUCGAUUUCCAUGCCUCCACUGUUCUGGCGGCAGGCCAAAGCCCACGAGGAGCUGACGGAGUGUAUGGUGAAUACAGAUCAGAUCUCUUAUACUUUAUACUCCACUUUUGGCGCCUUCUACGUUCCCACAGUGCUUCUCAUCAUCCUCUAUGGAAGGAUCUACGUCGCCGCUCGUUCUCGAAUCUUUAAGACACCAUCGUCCUCUGGGAAACGUUUCACAACAGCACAGCUCAUCCAGACCUCGGCAGGCUCUUCUCUCUGUUCUCUUAAUUCUGCCUCCAACCAGGAAGCACACCUACACUCUGGCACGGGGACGGGAGGAGGCGGAGGAGGGGGAGGAUCACCUCUGUUCCUGAACAGUGUGAAAGUGAAGCUGGCAGACAGUGUUCUGGAGAGGAAACGUCUGUGUGCUGCUCGGGAACGGAAAGCAACCAAGACGUUGGGUAUCAUCCUGGGCGCAUUCAUCAUCUGCUGGCUCCCAUUCUUUGUCGGCACGCUGGUUAUGGCCAUAUGUAAAGACUGCUGGUUUGAUCCGGUGCUUUUUGACAUCUUUACUUGGCUGGGAUACUUGAACUCGCUCAUCAAUCCUGUCAUCUACACGGCAUUCAAUGAUGAGUUCAAGCAGGCGUUCCAGAAACUUAUGAAACUCAGAAGAUGCUCCUGAAAGCUGACAUUGGAUUAGCUUCUUGACAUCUACCAGGGUUAGAGUUAGGGUUACGUUUGAGCCGGUGUAGCCAAAAUGAUGUUCUUUCCACACGCUAAACACAGAAACAAGAAGAUGCUCCAUUUCAAGUCAAGUCAAGUACAUACAUUUUUGGCCUUAUACUUCUUUUGUUAUAUUCCUAACCCUAACCUUCAGUAAAAAUUCUAUGAAAUUUUAUUUAGAUUCCAUGAAGACAAUGGAUGUUAUAAGAUUAAAACUGAUAUCCAUGGAACAACUGGAGGUGAUAUAUAUGGAAACAUGAAAAAUUAAUGCUGAUAAUGAAUGCUCUACACUUGUGUUCCAUCUUGUUAACACAUGCUAAAUGUGAUAUGUUUUGGAAAUGUGUUUCUUUUCUACACUAAACAGCUCAGUGCUGGAGCUCUUAGUAGAGUAUAUCCUUCAUAGAGACUUUGCAUGCAUGUUAAUAAAAGAGAAAAUUGUUACCCCAAGAAUUACUGAACUUAAAAAUUAAACAAGUGGAUCUGAAGUCUUCAUCAUGCCGCAAGAACAUUGCUCUUAUUUUUGUGGACAUAGCGAAGACUUAAAAUGAAGCAAAGGCAGGUGUAACUGUAUGGACAGCUGAAACUCCAGCCCAGCAGAAAUGAAAAGCCAUGAAAUGUAUGUUGUCUUCUGUGUCAUACUGUAUGCUGCUGCUCCCAUAUAAUGUUCUGUGGUACAGUAAAGUACUUAGAAAGACUAUGAACUCUACAGAUUCAGUAAAAGUGUCUCCAUAUAUGCAAUUAUA